AUGCACCUCCUCGCUCUUGGAUUCGUCACCGGCCUUGCUGCCACAGUGGACGCACAGGUGGUCAAAGUUAUGCUGCUUGGCGACUCCAUAACCGAGAUCACCUGCUGGAGGCCGCUGGUGUGGGAGCAGAUCGCUGCGGCCGGGCUGGCGGGCGACGUCGAUCUGGUUGGGACCAUGAGCGACCUCGACGGCCGCUGCUCGCGCCCCUCGGGCUUCGACCCGGACCACGAGGGCCACUCGGGCUGGCAGGCCUACGACAUUGCCCGGAACAACAUCGCCGGCUGGGUCCGGAGCGCCCGGCCGGACGUGGUCCAGUUCAUGCUCGGCACCAACGACGUCAACAUCGGCAAGCGCGACGUCCAGUCCGUCCUCGAUUCGUACACCAUCAUGCUCGACGCCAUGCGUGACGCGAAUCCCAACGUCAAGGUCAUUAUCGACAAGCUGAUCCCGACAAGCUGGAGCGACGCGACCAUCGAGGCCAUCAACAGCGCCAUCCCCGGCUGGGCGGCGGCGCACUCGACGGCGCAGUCGCCCGUCGAGGUGGCCGACUGCUCGCGCGCCGCCGGCUUCACCAACGACAUGCUGCAGGCCGACGGCGUCCACCCCAACGAGCUGGGCGACCGCUUCAUCGCCGAGCAGGUCGGGCCGAAGCUGAUCCAGUUCAUCAGCGACGCUCGUGCUCGUGUCCGGAACUAUUAG